AAAGAAAGUUUGUUUUUUUUUUUCUUUUUCCUUUGCCCGGAUUAUAUGAUUAAAGGUCCUCUCUCUCUCUCUGAGUUCGGGACCAAGAGGGAGGUACUAUGCGAGGAGGAAUUUUCUAUUUUUUCUUUUUCUGUACCACCUUUUGCCUAUUUACCGCUUCACGAGCUUCACAAGCUCUCACUUUUUCCGUUGGCUGCUUGGCCUCUCUCUCUCUAUUCUUGGAUUCUUCUUUCUUUUUAAUUUCUGAAAAAUUUCAUUUUUUUUUUUUAUUCCUCAAAAAAUUUCGAGGGAAAAAAUAUCGCAGAGCAUCGUCUUGCCUUCUGGCUCGUUCAUUUUAUUAUUAUUUUUUGACAUGUCGGGGGAAAUUUUUGAAGCCGUUUCUUUAUCGCUUUUAUUUUUGCACACCGGAAAUUCCAUAUUCGUCAUAUUUCAACGACUUUCAACACGAUAGAUAUUAAGAAGAAGAUUUUUCCCGUCUUUUGCGGCUUUUUUGUUAAUGUAUCGAUAUAAGAAAAAGAAUCGCGAUUGAAAAUUUAGCCUAUCGAUUUGUAAGGAACUUUUUUUUAUUGAUUGUUUUCCCAGCUGAAACUCCUCCCCUUACGCAUGGCGACAUGGACAUGGUUGGGUCGUAAACAAGUCGUGGUUCUUCUUCUUCUUCUUUUUUAGUGGGGGCUUUACACCUCCCUUAUAUAACCAGGUUCCUUUUUUUCCACUGUAAUAUUACGAGCGCACAAAGUAUUCGACAAGAAGAUGACGGCUCCGAGAGCCAUCAUCAACAAACUCGGAAUGUUUUUAGACAAAUGCCAUCAGGCUGCGUGGCGAUUGAAAGAUCCUUCCAAUUUGGCCGUGACUCGUAUACUCUUUGGGUUUCUUAUGGUUCUAGACAUCCAUAUUGAGCGUGGCUUUGCAGAAGUGGACCACAGGUUUGGUGAUUUCACGCAAUGCCAUUUCCCCUUAUUUGAUUUCGUCAAGCCGCUGACAUUUCAGUGGAUGUGUAUGCUAUACCUGCUCAUGUGGUUGGGGGCUUGUGGGAUCAUGUUGGGAUACAAUUUCAAACUGAGCUGUCUCAGUUUCAGCGUUCCCUAUUGGUAUGUCCUGUUAUUAGAUAAAACCUCGUGGAACAAUCAUUCAUAUCUCUACGGACUUCUGUCCAUACUUUUGCUGUUUUCGUCAGCCAAUCACUACUGUUCAAUUGAUGCAUGGAUCGAUCCCAACAUUAGAAACAAACCUGUGCCAAACUGGAACUACAUUCUAGUCAAAUUCCAGAUAUUCCUACUCUAUUUUUAUGCCGGUGUCAAGAAGAUGGACCCAGAGUGGCUGGGUGGCUAUUCCAUGAGGAAUCUUGGCAGCCACAGAGUUUUCACACCUUUCACAGUCUUUCUAAGUGAAGAAACCAUCGAAUAUUACAUGGUGCAUCUCGGAGGUUUCAUUUUGGACCUGACUGUCGGUUUCUGGUUGUUGUGGCCGAAAUCGCGGCCUUUGGCUUUAUUUUUUGCUACUUCAUUCCACGUGAUGAAUGCACAACUUUUUACGAUAGGAAUGUUCCCUUACGUUUGUCUGGCCACAUUACCUGUGUUUUGUGACGAUGACUGGCCAAAACGUUGGAUCGCUGUAUGCCCUGGGCUGCUGCGCAAAUGUCUUCCAGACGCCACAAAGAUAACUAAUGUUUGUGAUUCUCCGGUCGAAAAACGCGGCAAGAAUUCAUCCUUCAAACUCACUCUGAUGGGUCUCUACGUCGUAACUCAAUUGGCUCUUCCCUGGUCGCACUCGGUCACUCAGGGUUAUAACAACUGGACCAAUGGUCUUUACGGCUACUCUUGGGACAUGAUGGUCCACGCUUGGGAGACGAUGCACGUCGUAGUCACGGUAAAAGAUAAAACCACUGGACGAAUCAACUACCUUGACACUGAGGUUUUCGUGAGGAACGACAAAUGGGUUGGUCAUGCUGAUAUGAUUUAUCAGUACGCUCAUUGCGUCAAGGAUCGCUUGGGGGCGGUCAACAUGACCGAUGUAGCCAUUUACGUCGAUGUCUGGCGUUCGUUGAAUGGCCGCUUCCAACAGAGAUUGAUAGAUCCACGCGUCAACUUGCUCGAGGCCGAAUGGUCGCCUUUUCGGCCUACUCCUUGGCUCAUGCCGCUCCUGACGGAACUGUCGGCCUGGCGGCAGAAACUCAACCAAUUGGAGCGCACCGUUUUUGACUGGUCAGAUUCCUCACGAGUCGCCUUUGUGGCUGAUUUCCCAGGUUUGUCCAUGGACAAUUACGUGCCGGCUGGUGUGACCAACGCGACGAUCCAGGUGUUGGAGGGCCAGGUGGAGUUAUCGAUCGAAAACGGGACACGAUCGUAUCUGAAUGUCAACGAUACGGCGUCUCUACCGUCGAGCGUCAUGCACAGAAUCACGACGACUUCCAACAUUCCGGCUUGUUACAUGUACACCUUCGUCGGGCCUUCCAGCGAUUCGCCAUCAGCCAACGCAUCGAGCAGGAAUGCCAAAACGCCACAGUCGACCACCCAUGAAGAUGUUUCUCUGAUGACACCCUUCGCCAAAUCUUUAGCUCUGGUUGGCCAGAGUCUACUCAAUCUAGUCUUCGGUAUUCCACUCGUGAUGCACAACAAGUAAAACAACAACUCCUUUAUUUUUUUUCCUUUUUUAUUUUAUGUCCUUCCCCUCUUGUCUGUUAUCGAUCUCUUCAAUCUGCACAACAAACGGCAUAAAUUUCGCCCCGCCCACAUUGUGUCUGUGUGUGAUUUCCACUGAAAUUGAAUGUUUCUUUGUCGAUGCUAAAUUCCCAAAAAGAAAAUCUCUGAAUUAUGCUAAUUUUAUGGAAAUUUCCAAGAGGAAAAGCACAAAAAAAGCUAGUCUUUUGAUCUCCCCAGUGCUGCGCACCGCAAAACAUGUCGUGUGGUAAUAUACAACAACAAAACCCGAGAGAAAAACAGUUUAUUUUGAAGCGAAUUCUCCAGUGUCAAGUUCCUUUUUUCUUUUUUCUUAUUUGGAAAGCCUUUGAUUAUUUUUCUUUUGUUUUCUUUGAAAAAACAUUUUGUGUUUACAGGACUAGAAAGCUACCUCUAUGUACACACACUGUGAAAUUGUUGACAGUUUUCCACGGGGAUGUCGAAUCUACACCCACUCGUUGCCGUAGCGUGCCGUGGCGUGUUGUGACGUCGCCUGCGGUGAGGGCUGGAUGUUGUGGAAACGAGUGCGAAGAGGCGAGCAGAAACCUUGAACUCCGGCAGCAGCAGCAGCAGUGGUGCCGUUCACAUAAUUUAAUGCUCUAUGUGGGCGUACUUCUAGAUGUCCUCCACCAUCAGCGAUGCCUUCAGAACAGAGCAGCUGCUUGAAUCCGCUGCGGAAUCUCGGGUCGAGGAAAUGAUACAAAAGCGGAUUGACGCAACUGUUUGCACUGCUGAGCCAUUGUGCCACGGGCAUGAUCAUUUCCCAGAAUUCAGCCUCGGGCUCGCUCAUGCUCUUGGCGAAUUUUAAACGCGUGAAAGUGGCGUAGAGCGGGAACCAGGAGAGCGCGAAAGCUGCGACGACGACGCCCAACAUCCUGAGAGCUCGUAUUUUGGCCCUGUGCAAGUUGAGUCGACCACCCACGCCAUUGUAUCGUCUCCGGUUGUUGUUGUAAUGGUGACACCGGUGGUGGUGAUUGGGGGGCCCUUGCUCGCCGCUGCCGGGAAUCUGACGACACCAAAUUUGCCUGCAGAUUAGAGCGUAACAAGCGGCGAUGAUGACCAGCGGCAGGACGUAGCAAAGGGUCAGGUGAGCCACAGCGUAGUAAGUAUCUCCCAUCAGCGGAUCUGGCCAUAUUUCUGUACAAACCUAUUUGCACGUUUCGGACACGUAAUCCUGGCGGAAGACGACCAGCCACGGAAGAGUUAUAAUUGCGGAUCCGAUCCAGAUGAGGCCGAUGAUGACCCGGCAGCACUUGGAGCUCAACCGUUUCUUCCACGGUGACGAGAUGGACCAGUAGCGCUCGACGGCCACGGCCACCAGCGUGUAAACCGAGGCACUCACGCUGACUCCCUGCAGGUACGGCACCAAUUUGCAAAUGAUGGAGCCCAUCACCCAAGCUGUCCUCGGAAAAAGACGCAACCACCAUCAAAUCACGCCGGCGCAGAAGACGAGGCCGUAGGCUGUGCAAAGAGCUCCACUUACCCACACAUUGUAACGAUACCAGGAAGUUGGCGGAGUCGACAAUUCCGGCCAAUCGGUUCCAUUCUCACUGAGAAAAUCCAACGGAUAAUCCAUCGAGGACGAUUGCUGUGUGUCGACUGAGUUGACCAAACUCAUCGGAAGCAAACGCGUAAGAAGCAAAAUUCUUGUUACUGCUAUCCACCCCCUCCCUUUCCAUGUACGGAUGCGACGGAUAGAGAUAUCCCAGCAGUGCGCAUGUCGAUAUGGCCUUUUCUUCCGCCGUAAACCGAAUGUAAAAGGCCUUAAUAAUAUCCCCCUCAAAAAAUUCUAUCCGUUGAGAAAUAUUUAGGUUUAGAUCGUAUAGGAUGCGCAUUCGAAAACCGGCCGCUUGGUCGUCGUCGCUGGUUCUCCCCAUCAAUUAUUUCUUAUGUAAGAUCCUAUACUGGAUGAUUGCCUCCUUGGGGAAUGCAUCUAAAGGCCGCGUCGAAAGCAGCCACCAGCCCUCCAUCCCCCCAAAAAGUGUCGUAUGGUAAGCUCCUUUCUAGUGGAUCCUAGUCGGAUGUUGUUGGCGGUUUUUUGAAGCGGAAAUCGCCUUUUCCCCGUACUGCUUGUUCCACUCCAGAAAGUUUCUUCAUCACCAGCUGUAGGAGAGAUGUACCACAUUUCAAGAUAACCAAUCAGAGUUUGGACCGUACUAGAAAAAAAAACUGUUUGAUUGUACCAAACCUGGUGGGUGGAAUGCUGAGUUGAGAGGGCGAAAGUAAUGAGUUGAAAGAGCUGACGCAUCUCCUUGGUUGCGGUUCAAUCGCUGGUCUUUGUCUGAGUCGACUUUUUUUUUAUUAACUCAAUUAGUUUGUUCUCUGCUGACAUGUUUGCGUAUAUAGGUGUAUUUGCUGAAAUGAUAUUUUUUCUCGCGAUCGAUUGAUGUACAGUUGAAGUUAGGCCGCCCAACUGGUCGCUGACUUGUUGAGAUACGGGGAAAUUGAAAUUUGUUUUUUUAAAAGAUACUAUAUUUUUAAAAAAUCUAGGUUUGUUAUUAGAUUAUCCCUGUGGGGUAUUGAAAUAUAUCACCGCAGAAAAUUGCUUUCCUGUGAAAAGCGUCUGAGGAUUUUUACAAGUCUAUUGUGUACUGCACAAAGUUGAAGAGCCGAGACAAGAAUGGUGUUCUGGGUACGCUUUUACAGCUGUGCCUAUUGAAAAAUUUUCGUUUUUU